GCACCUGGCUGCUCUUGGAUCCCUCCCCUUCGAUCCCUUGGGGAGCGGCGGCUGGAGCGGGGUCCCCCUCAGGGAGCCACGCAGGAGCAGGUGUCCACCGCGGGAGGGGCGGCUACGGCUGCAGGAGCGACCUCCGGGAGGUGACGAAGCCGCGAUGGCCGAGUUCCCGUCUAAAGUGAGCACGCGGACCAGCAGCCCCGCACAGGGUGUGGGCGCCUCGGUCACCGCGCUGCGCCCGGACCUGGGCUUCGUGCGCUCCAUCCUCGGCGCGCUCAUGCUGCUGCAAAUGAUCGCUGGAGCCCGGCAACCCCAUGGCAUGGUCCCUGAAGGAGCCCGCUUUCAGGGAGAAGAGAACCGUUUGUCCCUGCCCUCCAUGCCCAGUUGUCACCCGGGAGGGUCCAGGACCAGGUGGCAGCAGCAAAGUGUGCUGGGGCUGCUGGUGUGGGCCCUGAUUGCCGACACCCCGCACCACCUGUACCCGGCCUACGGCUGGGUGAUGUUCGUCGCUGUCUUCCUCUGGCUGGUGACAAUCGUCUUCUUCGUCCUCUACCUGUUUCAGCUGCACAUGAAGUUGUACAGGGUGCCCUGGCCGCUGGUGCUGAUGAUAUUUAACGUGGGUGCCACUGUUCUCUACAUCACGGCCUUCAUCGCCUGCUCCGCUUCGGUCGAACAGACAUCCCUGAAGGGCACCCGGCCGUAUAACCAGCGUGCGGCUGCCUCCUUCUUUGCGUGUUUAGUGAUGAUCGCCUAUGGAGUGAGCGCUUUCUUCAGCUUCCAGGCCUGGCGAGGAGGAGGCAGCAACGCAGCCACCAGUCAGAUGGCUGGUGGCUAUGCCUGAGCCACCUGGGCCAAUGCCCAGCCUGGGGCUGAAGGCUGUGGCCAGGUCACCGUACGGCUCGGCCCAGAAGGGACUGCACUUGCUCCUCGCUGACCAUCACACUUGGGCUCAGCCGACACGCCUAAGGAAUCAGGAUCCUCCCUCCGGCUUGGCCCGAGUUGGCGUGCGCGUGGGUUGGAAACAGGCCAACGGCUGAGACCUCCUCCACCGCCGCCUCCUCAUCCCCCUUAUUCAGCAGAAGGUGACGGGGGAUACGGGGCUCACUGCCCCUGCUUUGUCUUUAGAGGACCUCGGCAUCCAAGGCAGGGCCCAGCUUCACCACCAGCACUAAAUACACUAACGAGGACUAAGACCUGCUGCCCCUGACCCACCGUAGAAUAAGCCUAACGAGCCACAUGUGUGCGUCUUCAUCAUGGCUGUUGUCCGGGCAGCACCGAGCAAGCUCGCGAGACCAUUCUGAUUCCCGAAAGCACGAUCCCGACCCACCCUCCCCCAGACCAACAUGUCGCUUGUAGGCAGAUGUUCCUGACAGCACGGUCUCCUUUCCUGUGUCUCAGACACACCAUUUAUUAAAAACAAAUUGGUUUUAAGCAACUUCUCAAUGAUGAAAACCCGUCUCAAAGGCCUUUGUGCAAUGUGCCUUGGGGAAAAGCUAGCGUCAGUGCCGACUGUGUCCCUGGCACCGUUGAUUAGGCACGUGGGACAUGAAGGAGGGUGUCAGGAACUUGCUCGGUGAGCUGUCACGUGCUCUCGGUGACCACUGUUUUCAGUUUUUGUGUUUUGUUAUGUUUUUUUACAAAAAUAAAGAUGGAAGAACUUA